AUGUCGUCGAUCGCGAGGGCCCUUCGCCCUGCUCUGAGGGGAAGCCGUGGUGUGGCUGCGUUGACGAGGGCGAGGACUUCCACUCCAGGCAGAGUAAUCUCGCCACUCCAGCAGACCGCAAGACCUCUCUCUACCACGCAGCGCCGCCGCAAUGCUGAUCACCUCGACAUCACCGACAUUCCUCCUACGCCUAUCACGCACCUUUCCGAGGUUGAGGCAGCGAUGGCUGAGACGGUGAACAAGUUCGCCAACGACGUCAUCGCACCCAAGGUGCGCGACAUGGACGAGGCGGAGAACAUGGACCCCACUGUCGUCGAGCAGCUCUUUGAGCAGGGUCUCAUGGGCAUCGAGAUCCCUGAGGAGUUCGGUGGUGCUGGUAUGAACUUCACCAGCGCCAUCAUCGGUAUCGAGGAGCUCGCUCGCGUCGACCCCAGCGUCAGCGUCAUGGUCGACGUCCACAACACCCUCGUCAACACGGCCAUCCUCAAGUGGGGCAGCAGCCAGCUGCAGAAGCGCUUCCUGCCCAAGCUCGCCACCAACACCGUUGGUAGCUUCUGUCUCAGUGAGCCCGUGAGCGGCUCCGACGCGUUCGCUCUGGCUACCAAGGCGACGGAGACGGAGAGCGGAUUCCGCAUCAACGGCUCCAAGAUGUGGAUCACCAACUCCAUGGAGGCCGACUUCUUCAUCGUCUUCGCGAACCUCGACCCCGCCAAGGGGUACAAGGGCAUCACGGCCUUCAUCGUCGAGAAGGACACCAAGGGCUUCUCGAUCGCCAAGAAGGAGAAGAAGCUCGGUAUCAGGGCCAGCAGCACCUGCGUCAUCAACUUUGACGACGUCGAGAUCCCCAAGGAGAACCUCCUCGGCGAGAAGGGCCACGGAUACAAGUAUGCUAUUGGUCUCCUGAACGAGGGCCGUAUCGGUAUCGCUGCCCAGAUGACCGGUCUCGCUCUCGGUUCGUGGGAGAACGCCGUCAAGUACGUCUGGAACGACCGCAAGCAGUUCGGCCAGCUCGUCGGUGAAUUCCAGGGCAUGCAGCACCAGAUUGCGCAGUCGUACACUGAGAUCGCCGCCGCGCGGGCUCUGGUCUACAACGCGGCACGCAAGAAGGAGGCGGGCGAGGACUUCGUUAUGGACGCCGCCAUGGCCAAAUUGUACGCCAGCCAGGUCGCGCAGCGCGUCUCGGGUCUCGCGAUCGAGUGGAUGGGCGGCAUGGGCUUCGUGCGCGAUGGCCCCGCCGAGAAGUUCUGGCGUGACAGCAAGAUCGGCGCCAUCUACGAGGGCACGAGCAACAUCCAGCUCAACACCAUUGCCAAGUUGUUGCAGAAGCAGUACACUGCAUAA